AUGGCUUUCACCCAUCAUUCCGGAGGAGGCUCCCCGGCGGCGCAGCAGCAGCCUCCUCCCGGCGGAGGGACCCGAGGAGGAGAACAAGACCGGAGGUCUUGUCAGGCGUUGGCUGCUCUUCUGAUACCCGUAUCGUUUGCUCUGCUUGUGGCUCAGCCGCCGCAGCCUGGCCGGCUGCUCUUUGAGGUCUACAUGGCCUCUAUCUUGCUCAUGUUCUUUACCGGCAUCCUCCUGAUCGGACUCUCUACCCUCACUUGUGAAAGAGCCCCAAAGAUGAUCAAUAUGACUGUGGAGAAGCUUGCAAGUCUGAGAGCUUGGGCCACGUGGGUCGGCAGCGUGUCUCUUCUGGUGGUGCUCGUUCUAUGGUGCUGCCUCCAGCUUCCCAGUUCGUCACUGAUCCGUGUUGGGCUCCUCUUCGUCACCAUGCUCCUAAUUGCCACAACUCCCCUUCUCCUCCUCGGCUGGAGCGAAUACAGGGCGAGCUCUCCACCCCCUAUAGCAGAGCACCGAUGA